UAUUGUUGAUAGCAGCAGUGUCUUGUGAGCGUACUCGGAACUAAAUGUUACUGAUGCGACAUCUGUCAACACCAUGCCAACACGAGGACCAUUUUGAUAUAAGGUGGGCCGAGAGCUGGCGACGCGCGUCGAACGAGGAAAGUCGUAACCGCCCGCGAGCGCUCGCCUCGCCGCCUCAGUCUGCGCUCGGCCUCCGCACACAUCGCCAGUGAGUGACGCCAGUGCGAGUGACUUUGAGUUUUGACAGUUGUUAUCGUGAUCGUGUCAUGUUUUCAUAUUGGAACUAUGGUGUAUCCCCAUGAAAAUGUGGAGUGAUUUCCAGGGCUCGGGCGGCGGGUGCGGCGCCAAGCGGCGCGCCGGCUCCCCGUGCGAGGGCGGCGGCAAGGUCGCGCGCUGGGAGGACUCGAUCGCGCGGCUCGAGGCGGUGGCCGCCGGCGCGGGCGGCGAGGAGUGCUGGCGCGCCGACGAGGAGCGGCGCGCGUGUCGCCGGCGCUGGUGCGGCGGCUGGUGCGGCGCGCACGACACCAUCCGCGCCGAGAACGGCAAGUCCUACCUGGAGCUGGGCGGCGCCGCGGCGCGCGCCUGCUGCGACGGCCGCGCGGCCGGCCGCUGCGCCUCGCGCCGCUGCUACCGCGAGCGGCGCCUCAAGAUGAUGAACCUGUGCGCGCUGAAGCUGGCGCGCUUCCGCCAGACGGCGGACCCGUCGCUGCGGCGCUCCGUGCUCGUGUGCAACACGCUGCGCGGCAUCGAGCGCGAGAUGGAGCGCGAGAGCGCGGAGGAGCCGGCGCCCGAGCUGGCGUGCGCGUCCGCGGCGCUGCUGGGCGCGCGCGACCCGGCCGCCGGCCGCGCCACGCCCUUCCCCGCGCCGCCGCCGCCCGACCGCGACUCGGGCUACGGCGACGAGGAGCCGCGCGCCAUCGACUGGGGCUCCGUGCUGAGCCUGUCGUCGCGCUCGGCGCUGGACCCGCCCGAGGACGCGUGGCCCGACGACUGGGGCUGGAGCGAGGACAGCUUCGUGCGGCUGCUGGUGCCCACGAGUUAGUGGUCGCCGCGCGGGCAGGACGCGCCCGCGCCGCCCUGAGCGCCCGCGCGCGCGCGCGCCGCGCCGCCGCCAGCUGAGCGCGGCCGCGCGGCGCGGCGACGCCCGCCCGCGCGGCACAUCUAGUCGGCGCCACGCCGCCACGCAGUCACUAGUUAGUGUUAUGUGAUUAUAAUGGGAAGGUGCUAGCUUCGGACGACACGCGGGACUCGUACGCGACCCGAGUUAUUUUUGAUAGUUUUUUUCCUUUGAGUGAACUCUGACAGAAACUGGAGUGACUUAGCUGAAGACGUUAUCGGAUGUUUGAAAUUUUUGUUGAAAUUAUUGUGUAAUUAAUUAGAUAAAUGCUAUAUUUAUUACGUUGAAAGGGAGGAGUGACGAUUUGAAAUUAUUUCUGUCUUGAUAUUUUCCAUGUAUGUAUGUAUCGGACGUAUCUCUAGGACGAAGCGUGACUUCGGGUGGGUUGUUGCGGUACUGCCGUUCGUGGAAGUGUGAUCUCGUUCCGUUUAGUCUGUUCGGGCGCACAAGGAGCGCAUGGCGGCACCGGAGCGCGCACGGUUAGGUACCGGCAGAGUGGACAUUGUGCUUGUCUCGGGCACUGCGGAGAACACUGCAGUUCCGAACUAAAUGUCAUCUGAACAAAUUGUAAUUAAAUACGUAGUAAGUACUUAAACGAACCGAUGAACUUUCAUUAGUUCCGCAUCCACUGCUCCCGGGCGGCACUGUAAUUGGGUGUCAAUUAUACAGCCUUAUCGACAGUCCUUACGAAAGUCUCGCGACUUUAGCACUAUCUGUUGAAAAAUUGGAAUUCAUCAAAUGUGAUUUAACAUUAAUGUGAUCGUACUUAAGACAUCUCAGUUGGAAUUGUGAAUCGAAAUCUGUCCGAGAAUCCGCGGGCCCCCUGGUGAAACUUCUCUUUUAUCUAUGUACCGAUUAAGACCAAUAAAUAAUGAUAAUUAUUUAAGAACUAUAUACUAUACUAAUAUAAAAUUACCACUGGAUAAUUUCUUACGGUAUUUACUACUAACGUUAAAUGCAGUUCCUAAUAUGUAAUGAUUUUAAUAUAAGUGAAAAAUAACAAUUAAUUUGCAGUAUUUAAUUCUAGUUUUGUACUGACGUUCACUAGGGGGCCACCGGGCACAAUCGAGGGAAUCCUCCAGUAGCGACAUCUAAUAGAGAGUAGGAAGACGAGUGUUAGAAAUGCAAUGAGAUUUGAAACAUCGAAAAUACUUACUGACUAUAUUAAUAGACAACCCGACCUUCCUAAGGGAGUUCUAGUCAAUGUGAUUCUACGCCAUCCAAGUUACGUUUGGUGGCGAGUUAGAUAAUGAUAAGUCCUCUCAUUAGAGACGUCGGGUGGGAAUCAUCUUGCGUGAAAAGUGGCUUAUUGUAACUGCGUAUGAUCGGGAUUCGAGGGCGGAGCGCCGUGAAAAACGGCAUUUGACGUGCAUAAUUAACUAAUACGGUCGACGAGCUUAAAGAUCCUUUGUUUUUGACAUUGAAUGUUGUACAAGGUUAAUUAUUCUUUGUUGCACUCCGUCUCGACAGAGACGACCGCCCUCCCGACGACGCCGCGCGUGCCACUGACUUCACCCUCGGAAUUGCGACUGCAUGGACCAAACAUACCUACCUAGCACGACUUUUAAAUAGAGCAAAGUACAAAUUUCAAAUAAAGUAAGAUGCAUUAGUGCUCCGGCGCAUGUUUGUCCACCGUUGUCAAUUACUCAAAUAUUUGAAUUGUGAUUCGGUAGCUAAUGAGAGAAACUCUAUGUUCUUAAAUUUAGUGUACAUAUUAUAUACGGAGUUGGGCAUUAUGGCGCAGUGAUCGCGGCCGUUGUAAAUACAUUAUGUAAAGUAAUUUUAUGAUAUUCGAUGUGGAGCGGCGUUCGGCCCGCCCGCCGCACUCCGCCGUUCCAACAGCCCAGCGACUCAAUUGGGAAAGGAACGCUUCGGUAACAGUUGAAAGUCUUACGCUGCUUUAAGCUAAUGUAAAAAAGUUGGACACCACGCGCCAGCUGGAUCAAAUUGCUUUUCAUCACUUUAUUUUCGGUUUACUUAUCCGUAGAAGAUUAAUUCUAAUUUGUGUGUAGCCAAAAUCUAUUUAGAGUGGAACAAGCUGAGUAUUUCAACAGUUACCGAAAAUUCCCCGUAAUUACUUCUUGGGCUCUUGGAAUUCGUGUUGUAUCAUACGACCUCUAUUCUGUCCAAUACACUCAAGUACAGAUUUACAAGAUACAUUAUCGCACUCAUAGAUCAAGACUGUUUCAACUCAAAAAACGUUUUUUUUAAAAACUAAGAAAAACAGAUUUAUAAAUAAAAUACAGAAAAUAUUAAUUAAAACAUUAUAAAAAAAAUUUGAAGGAGUUGUUGUGCUUUGAUUUACAUAAAGCUAGUUACAAUUUAUAACAGUUUCCCGUACAAAAAUUGAGUUGGGUAUCAGAAACUGAGGUUAGAUCAAAAAUCAAGGUAUUUGAGUUAUUAUUUUUGAAAUAGUUUUGAUCUAGGAGUCUGAUAUUAUAAUUCGUUUUAAUAUAAGUGUCACAAAAUAUUGCCAGUACAGAUUGGGAGAUGUCUAGUUAGGUCCAUAGGUAUAUGAGUUAUAAACUCGGAAUCCAUCCACAUGGUCAGAAGGUUACACGAAAUUUUUAAGUUUGCCAACUUAAUGCUAAGAAUAUUUUGCAUUAUUUUCAUUCGUUUUAAUUUCAGAUGGAAAAAGUUUUACCAUUCGGCUUGUAAUAAAGUCUUUAACAAAACAAUACAUAAUUUUAUAUCCUUUCGUUACCAAGUACGUAUACCAAUCUCGUCUUUUAAGGGGACAACCGUUAUCACAAACAAAAAAAAGAUUUGCCUCAAACACGGCUAAAGGACCAUCUCGAUUAAACAGACUUUUGAAUUAAAAAAAUCGCAUUCAAAUAGGUCCACCCAUUUGAGCGUUAUGAUACCACAGAUAGACAAACUUAUAACAACGCAACGGUCAAAAAAAAUAAUUUUGUAAUUCCUAUGUCUAACCUGUGUGUCCUAUUGGAUACCUUCCGACCAUGUUCCUGGGUCUAAUAAAUUGAUUCACUCGAUAGUUUUGUGUUGAGUUCCGGUCGGUUUUUCAUCUUAUGAUUUAUUUUGUAUACUUUACCUAUCUAGAUAUUAUUUUUGUUAAACUUGUCCGUAUGGUUGGUUGUGAUGGUUUACUUAAGUAAGUUAGUGAAAUAUGGAUAAACGCGUCUAUUUGAAAUAAAAUACUUUCACGUUUGUACUAAAAUUUAGCCUGCAAGUUUGUGCGUCUGUCGUAUGAAAUUUUCAGUUUUCGUUACGUACUUAAAGUUAAUGAGUCUGAUGCUUGCGAGAGACUUUUUAUUUUAAAUUCUUGACUGUACCAAUUAGAAUAAUAAAUAAUUAAUUAAAUGAUAUUAUAUGAACAGCAAACGACAGACGCAAAAACUUAUAUCAAAUGCUUGCAACAUGUACAAAAAUAAUAUAACAGAUAAAAAAUUACCUUUCCAUUUUUUUUCAAUGAAAUACCUAUAUUGUUUUUCAUAAAAUUUAUAUAUAUUGGGAAUUGUAAAAAUUAUCAAAUUAAAUAAAAAAUUGUACAUCGUGCUCAACACGUAUGAACUUUUGGUAUGAAUUCCGGUAUAAGUAUGUCUGUUCGAAAUUAUGUACAAACUAAGCGGAUAGCACUAUUUAUUACAUUAUCACGCCUAUUCCUUGCCUUUUGUUACUUGGCUAGACGUACGCUUCACGAAAGUUGGAAAAGAGUUGGUAAAGAGAUCGCAAACUCUUCCCAGGAGGCCCAAAAAUCGCUACUUUGAGUAGGUGUAAACACUGAAAAUGCGAGUGACGUCAGUGUUAGAAUCUAUCAUUCACGCUGUGAAGAGAUUACGCCGACCUCUGCUGACAUCGAGUAAAAGCCGAUGAUUUUAUUGGUUGCCCGAUGCGGUGGAACCUUGCUGCUGACAGCACACGCAUUUUCAGUAUGUGAAAACUCUUUAUUGGGAAAGUGGUCGUCUUGAUUUAUGCGAUCUCCUUUACGGUGCAGGUUCUACUUGCGCGGGUUAAGAACUAGGGUUGAAAUCUAUAGAGCACACGUUGACUUUGCUUAGACUUAACUUUCAGUUAAAACGAGACAGAUUUAUGCCAGCGGUAUAACGCUGUCUCGUUUUAACAGUGUCUUAAGUCUGAGCAAAGUCUAAUAGAGCUCUGAUCUAUGAUUGCUGUGUAUACUGUAAAAUCGGCUACAACUUUCGUGACGAGUACUCUUCUUGAACAAGGCGAGGCACGCACGGUGUUGUGACUACAGCAAUAAUUGUGGACAGUAGACCUUGUCUUAUCCGUCUUCUGGUAUGGCUACGUUACCAAACGAUUAUCAUUUCCCAAUUUUAAAAAUAAAAAGGCUAGAAGCCUACUUAAAAUAUCCGUACUUAAGUUGACCGUUAAAUUGUGCACUACUCACACUUUCAUUCACUCCAAUCCAAUCAUUCACACAGAUCACUCACUAACAUUAUUGUUCAUUCCCGUUACAAGCGGUAUAAAGACGAAUAUGCUCAAAAAAAGCACGUGCAUUUGAAAUUAAAUUUUAUUAGUGUAAGUUUUCAUAAGUUUUAUUUAACAUAAUAUUUACGCGAAAUGAUUCUAAAACGAUAAUGUAGCCAUACCGAUCGUCGGGUGCUCUUCCAAGAAGAGUCCCCGACAUCAUCAUACGUAACUUUAUAAUUAUCUAAGUGUAAUUCCUUAGUGUUUUCAUUGCCAUUGGUUACCAAAAAUGACAGGAUUUUUAUUGAAAGGAUUGUGUAUAUUCUAGAAAAAAUACUCCCAUUAGAAAAUCGUGAAACCAAUUCGAACAAACUUGUGCUGUACAUCGAAUUGUUAUACGUUCCUCAAGACUAAAGUUAUCCGAAAUGGUUUCCCCAUGUUCUAAUGCAAGAAAUAUUGUAAUAUAAUUAUUGUUUAAGCUGUUGUGUCGAAAAUAACAAGAACAGGAAUAAUUUUGUGAAACAAUGGCACAAAGAAUGAACAUAAAAUAUUAUAUAUAUUAUAGAUACAGAAAUGUGGCUAUAAGAGCAAUUUUUAUAAUAAAUAUUUACUGUUGAUGAAAA